UGCCUCCCCAAAUAAACUUUCUUCUUUUAUUAUUGUGUGGUGGAAAGGAAAAUUUUACUGCAUUUGGUUUCGGGUUGACUGGUUUUUGCAUGAAACGCAUUAAGAGGCUUGGUGGCCGGGUCGCUGUUUUGGGAAAGUUGAGAAGCUGUAAUUUCCUUUUCUAGGACAAGUAGAUGUGAAAAAGGAGUACAUUUUAACAGAGAAUAUAUUUACGAAAGCCGAAAUUGUUCAUAUAAAAGGCAAGCCAACCCAUGCAUAAAGUCAUUCUUAUAAAUACAUACAUAUGCCCAGAACUCAAAGACGAGUAGUUCUUCAAGAGGGAAGUGAAUAUGAAGAGUUUCAAAAUGUCCUGGUUUCUUAUAUUGCUCAUUCUCAGCUUCACAUUUAAUCCUUCAGAAGCCAACAAUGAUCACGAGAAGCUUCCAUCUGCUGCUGUUGUUGGUACGGUUUACUGUGACACAUGCUCCCAGCAGGGCUUCUCCAGGACAAGCCACUUCAUUUCAGGUGCCACUGUAGCAGUAGAAUGCAGAGAUGGGAGUUCAUCAAAGCCAAGCUUUUGGAAGGAAGCAAAAACAAACGAGCAUGGAGAUUUCAAGGUCCAGCUGCCAAUCUCAGUGGGCAAAAGCGCCAAGAAGCUCAAGGACUGUGCUGUCAAACUCAUCAGCAGCAGCGAGACAGACUGUGCUGUGGCCUCCUCUGCAACUUCGUCUUCCCUGCGUCUCAAGUCAUGGAAGGAAGGAACCCACGUUUUCUCUGCUGGAUAUUUAACCUUCAAGCCUCUGAAACAGCCAAAUAUGUGUCACCAAAACCCAAGCCGCCAUGGAUCCAAAACCCUAAACUCCAGGAAAGCUGUAAUUCCAGAAAUACCUGCCAUUAAUCUAAGCCCUCUUCCCCUGAUUCCCGGCCUUCCAGUACCAUUACCAUACCUCCCUCCUCUACCACCGCUAGAGCCUGACCUCCUCUUCCCGCCGCUGCUCCCGCCGCUCUUCCCGUCGCCGCCGCCGUCCAUCGGGAUUCCGCUGCCCCCGAACCCAUUUCAGCCACCGCCAAUUCUGCCCCCCAUACCGUUUCAGCCUCCGGCACCGCCGGCAUUUCAAUUGCCACCAAUCAUACCACCGAUACCGGGUUUUAUUCCUCCGUCCUCGCCGCCGCCGCCGGCGUUCCCGAUUCCUCUGCCUCCGAUCUUUUCACCUCCACCUGGCCUUCCAGGCAUUCCGGGGAUUCCACCAAUCUUUUCACCUCCACCAGGGAUUCCGGGCAUUCCCCCGGCUUCUUCUUCUUCUUCUUCAUUUUCAUCCGCAGAGAAAACGUCUCCUUGAUCGAGCAGAGCCCAUCUAUAUAUGUAAAAUUCUGUAAUAAGUGCUAGUCGUUUCAUAUAGCUGUUUUUUUAUUUUUAUUUUUUUUUUCAAUCUUCUUUGAUAGGUUGCAGUUAUGGCAGAAAAAUGAGGUUAGAUGCAUGUGCUCUGGAGUGGUAUAGCAUAAUACUAUGGGUUGUGAUAGUGAUGAGUGUAGGCCCCAAAUUAUUGUACCUGGAAUAAUGCUUGCUUGUGGUUUAUUGAUGUGAGAGUUAUUAUAAUUGAAUUUAGUUUGAUAAACAUCAA